CUAAAAUGUACACACCGAAGCUGUAUGUUUGAGUUUGGAAGCCUACAGUGGCACUCGGGCUGUCAUUUUAUUUUGAAAAACGGGACACUGUCUGACAAUCGUGCAUGGUGGAGCUCAACCUGUUCGUGCACUAUCCGCCAGACUCUAGUGCAAAUACUGUACCACACGGUUGUUGGUGAAGAGGCUUGCAGGCUGUGCUGUCGCGUGCAUGCGCCGUGCACGACGGUAGUAGGACACCGUGCGGCGUCAACAUUAGCAGGCCGUGAAGUCGUGACAGAUUUCCUGGCGCAGCUGUUUGACCUUGCAGCAUUUCUGCCACCGGCUACGCGGGACCGCACAGAUGACACCAGCUUCUUUUGAAGCAUUUUGCAAGUGAGAUCAGCAGAACCACGCCGAUAAGACUUCCGGCCUCAUGUCUGCCCCGGCUCCGGCCACUCGGAGGUCUGCGUCUGGCUCUCGCCGAUUCAACGCUCUGAAGGCACUGCAGCCCAAACGUCGCUUGCAGCAAAUACUGGCCUCCUCGCCCGUCCCGGUCACCAGGCCGGAGUCCGGGUCGGGGGCGGCCGCACCAGCUGCCGCGGCGCCAGUAUCCGUUCCGGUGCCGGCGCCCCCUGCGCGGUCACCUGCAGCCCCCAGUAACAGAGAUCCUUACGGCAAUGCGUCCCUCAGUAGUAGCAGCAAUUCCGGCUCUUGCAAAGGCAGCGACUGCAGCCCGACCAAAGGACGUAACCAGAAGUACAUAUCAUGUACAGACAACCAUGGCAUUCGGCCUCCACCACCAGAACAAUACCUUACACCUCUGCAGCAGAAAGAGGUGUGCAUCCGGCACCUGCGGGCCAGGCUAAAAGAAACCAUGAACACCCUGCAAGACAGGGACACAGAGAUAGACGAGUUGAGAGAAAAGCUUUACAGAAUGCAGGAGGACUGGGUGGAAGAGGAGUGCCACCGUGUGGAGGCCCAGCUGGCUCUGAAGGAGGCUCGACUGGAAAUCCAGCAACUCAAACAGGCCGUGGACACAGUCCGUGACAGGUUGAGCGAUGCUGGGGGAUUCAGUGGAGACAUUGGAGUCCAAAAGUACUUUCAGGACAUCAACACUCAAAACCAUAAGCUGGAGAACCUCUUGCUCAACAUGGAGUUAGCUCAGGUUGGGUUAGUCAAGGAGGGGGAAGCCAUAGCAGGUCGUCGGACCCGUGUUGGGGGUUCAGCGCCAGCGUCAGUGUCUGGGGAAAGUCCAGGGGGAAUACCAAAAUCAGCAAUAGGAGGAAGGGGUUCUUGUUCUUGUGAUGGUUCGCCAGCACGUUCUCUAACCCGUAGCUCCACCUACACCAAACUGAGUGAUCAAGCAGCUAAUAAAAAUGGCAGUGGCGCAGAUUUUCCUUGUCUUUCCGCUAACGGCACUCAGGACAGCGGCUUUGUGUGCUGCGGGGAGAACAGUAGUGUCCCGAGUCGGGCCGACUUACUCCUAGAGGCCGCCUACCUCUCCGAGGAAACCGCAUCCUUGCUCAACUCCUACGCACAGACAUUUUCCCAUACCACACCCAAGUCUUUACCUCUCAUGUACUCCCAAACAUUACCUCAUUCUUUCCCUCACAACCUGUCACACUCAGCACCCCACACCAUGCCGCACUCUGCCACUUAUGAGAAGCUGUGCUCGGGCGAACGUCUCUCAACAUUUCGUUGCGGUCCAGGUGGAGGUGGCUGCAUGAGCCACCCCUGCUUGUCGCACCAUCACCUGUACCUCCAUCCGCUACGUGAGGCAGGUAUUCAAACCGAGAGCUGUCCCAUCCCAGCUACUUCAGGUUGCCCAUCGGACUUGGAUACAAUCGCUGAACAGCGUACUUUCAGAUCCCAAGCCUGCAGCCCAACUUCAACUUGGAUGUCUGAUGAAGGAGAAGAAGAUGUAGACUCCAUCACCACGACCACUUCUGUAACCAGAUCAACAGUCAUGAGCAUAGCCACGGAGCCAAUUCCAUUCUCCCAGUUCCCACGAGUUAAUUCCAUACCGCGUUCUGCCACUGUGGCCUGUUCCUUGGAGAGUCCUUUGGAUGAAGGGAAGGAGGGCACGAAGGACGUUACAGAGGAAGAACCUGAUGGAAUGGAUAAUCAGGGUGAAAUAGCAUUAGUCCAAUCAGCUGGAGUACAGUUCGAGGUGGAGGCAGCAAAACUGGUAGGGAAUCAGGAGGAAUCGAAGGAAGCAGCGGUUUGCAGUUCAGAAGAAGACAGACCAGGUGGACCACUUGAAACACCCAAAAGUAUCAACAUCCAACAAACUGAUGUCCAAAUUCAGAUAGAAGCUCCAGGAUGGAGCCCCUGUAGCCCAGAAUCUCCACAAGACAUAGAGCAACCUCACAUCUGCCAGCCAAAACGAUCUAUUUCCCACGAGGGCAUUGUUUUGGGGGUGCAAGACAGCGAGUGUGACGAGGACUCAGAAAAUGAAGAGCAAGGCGAUGGUGGCAGUGGUGCAGGAGUAGAGGAAGCAGAAUCCCCUUCUGCUUCUACAUCAGUGCAGAAAAGCUACUGGAGUCGUCACUUUCUGGUGGAUCUGCUUGCCGUGGCAAUCCCUGUGGUGCCAACAGUGGCGUGGCUGUGCCGGGGUCCGGUUCGAGGCGGACACCCCAUAUACCACUUUGGGUCACUGCUGAGGGGCUGCUGCACUGUGGCCCUGCACUCGCUGCGGAGGGGAGGCGGGCUGAGGCAUUACCCAGCGGGCGGGGGGGACCUUGGCGGAUCUCAGAUGUGAACACACGUUCUCAUAAAUUCCCUCCAUUGGGAUGUUUCACCAUCACUAUAUGGCUUUUAAUCGGAAAGAGUCUGGUGAUAUAGUAAUGAACAUCCUGCCCUGUAUCCUCCAUUAAAGGGAGCUUCGGGAAGAAGAAAUACAGGAUAAAAGAUGAAGUGUGGGUGGGUUGUCCCAACCGCUGGUCUAAGGCUAGGAACCGAAUGUGCUGAUUGAACCGAAUAAUCAGUUCUUGGAUGUUCAACACUGAUUGUUUGGUUUCCAAAUGCAGGGAACACUUUCAAGGUGUGUUGGUUGGUCAACAUUGCCGGCUCAUCAAUGACUGGAACUUGCACUUUGUUAGAUAUGUACACAAAAUACCCUUUAGUAGUUGUUCAAGGAUGUGUACCAAAUUGCCACAUGUAGACAAACUAAAAUCCAUUCAUUGAGUCAUGUCUCACUUGUCCUUAACGUUCAUAAGAAUUCCAUAAUCAUUAUCAGGAAUCAUGGGGUGAGGAGGGGGGGUUCCACAUCAAAUGCUGCAAGGCUGCAAUGAACUGUAAACGAGGUCAGUCAGAGUUGUGACACUGAAAACACCGUAAACCAUUUGGAGGCUUUGCAAAUGGUAUUUCCACCAAGCAGUCUAGUUCAGGCCACUUCAACUCACGUUGGUACUUUUAGGAACAGAAAAUGCGGAUGUGUCUUGUGUGGCGACCCAGCAAGGGGUGUCGGAUGAAAGUGCUUUUUUGUGUUCUUUCCGACAUCCUCGUCGUGCCAAAAAACACUUGGGAAGGAAUUACUCCAGUCCAACGUUUUUCCAUAUUUUAGUUCAUCAGACUUGAGAUGAUUUUGAAUCUGCAAUCCUUUUUUAAUCCAAGCAGCAGUCACUGCAGUGUGUCUAACGUCAGUCUUUAAGUAUCCAGAGCUGCCAAACGUUACGGAACAUUCGUAUUUUGUUAUGUGAAUCACUCAAUGUUGACACCUUAUGGCCAGAAACCCGAUUGGGGGGUACAUUUUUAUUUAUUUAUUUAUUUUUUUUAAAAAGCCAACGUCCAACAUUACCAGCCAGUAUGGUGCUGUAAAAUUUCAAAUAAAUGAUUGAGAUGAAACACGCACAAACACAAUAUUGUUUAAAAAGGACAAAUUCAUUUUUCUGAGCCGCUUAUCCUCACAAGGGUCGCAGGACUGCUGAAGUCUAUCCCUACUACCUUCAAGCAGGAGGGUGGGGUACAUCCUGAACUGGUUGCAAGCCAGUCGAAGGGUACAUAUAGACAACAAGCAAACUCCACACAGGCGGGGCCGGGACUUGAACCCCGGUCCUCGGAACUGUGAGGCUGACGCUCCAACCGUGUACCUCACAUGAUAUAAACAUACAAGGAAUUUGUCUCCGGUAGUUGGAAACUCUCUAGUACGACAUAUAUGUUGAAUCCGACAACAGACGGACAAUCAAUUGAAACAUAAAGACAUUGCGGUAACAGUCGUGAAGCAGUAACGAUGGCUGCUAAUAUGGCAAUGACGAAACAUUUUUUUUUUUU